AUAUCAUGCGAUAGUUGUAUGAAACCAGCAUUUCCAUUCGCACAAUACUCGGUCACGUAUCGGCGGCCCUCUGCCAGCUCAUAGGCUUAAUAGCUUGCUGCUCCACCCAGCCUGUGUCUCCAUAAUUCUCUUCUUGUCGCACUUCCCUUUCUAACCGUCCUCCGCUCUACUUCACCUAAUGUCUCGCGGCGCACCCAAGCCUCCCCCACCACACAAACUUACCUUUGCCACCAACAGCGUGCGCAACACUACGUUCGCCGAGGACAACAACAAGUUCUACUAUGAGAUCGUUACUCGCUUCUGGCACCCUCACCUUACAAAAAUAAACAAAUACGACUAUGAGGCUCGUGUGGUCAACUGCGUCGCAGAGAUUGAAGAUCCCCCCAAGAAGGAUGUGAAAGUCCGCUUCAACUCUGCUGAGGAGGAGGGAGAGUGGAUGAGAGCUUGCGACUUUAUCAAGAAUGACGGUACAGCAGUUGGAGGUACGUUCACCCAGGAAGACGGCACUGAGUACCGCUGGAAAACACACAAUCGCUAUUUACAACUCGUUAAGUCAGAUGACGAGGACAAGGUUCCCGUUGCAGAAUAUCACCCUCAUAAACGACACUUUGGUGUCUGGCGCAUGUCGCAGCGGGCUUUCCUCGAAGUCAAGCCUGAAGCUUCAGCCGCUUUGGACAAGAUCAUCGUGAGCUAUCUUCUUAUGGAAAGACGCAGGCGUCAAGCCAAGAUCAAAGUCAAGUUGGAGUCAAACUAAUUCACUACCGAUAUCUCUUUCUCCUCCGUGGCACAAUAGUCACCACACCUCUUUGUGUCGUGCGAUUCCUUACUACAAGACUGCCAGCCUCCGAGAUGCUGGA